GUCAUGUCUGAAUCUCACCAAAUCUGCAGCCUGUAACUGCUGGAUUACAAGAACAGUAGCUGUAGAAUAAGAGUUCAAAAAUAUGUCAGUGAGGAAGUUUUUUUCUUUCCCCUUUUUCUUUUAAAUUUAAGUUUAUUUUUGAAUAAGAAUAAUAAUCUCUGGAUUCUAAUUAAGGAUUCAUUUCCAUUAUAUAAUACUCAUAUUAAUUGGUAACCAGUGCUAGCUUUUUCUCCAUCAAUCUGCAUCAUGCACUUAUGUUUGAGCUAGAGGUGUGCUGUAAGUCUUCACAAAAAGAUUUUGAGAGAUUGUGAAAGAAAUAUGAACAAACAAAAGGAAAAAGUGGGCACAGAGUGGCUUCUACGAUUGUUUUCAUUAUCAGUUUAAAAGGAUUAAUGCGAAAAAAUUAAAAUAUCAGUAAAAUGAUGCCAAACAUAACCAUAAUCAUGGAUUUCUUGCUUAUGGGAUUUUCUGAUCAACGAGAGUUCCAGUUUUUGCACUUUGUGGUCUUCCUCCUGAUGUAUCUGGCUAUCCUGAUAGGAAAUCUUCUCCUCAUUAUUUUGGUAGUGAUGAACAACCAUCUUCAGAAACCAAUGUACUUCUUUCUGGUCAAUUUAGCAACUGUUGAUCUGGGAUCCACCUCUGUCACCAUUCCCAGAUCAAUGGCCAGUGCUCUCAUGAACACAAGAAAGAUAUCCUAUUCUGAAUGUGCAGUGCAAAUGUUUUUCUUUGUUUUCUUCCUGUCUUCAGACCUUUUCCUUCUCACUGCUAUGGCUUAUGACAGAUAUGUGGCUAUCUGCCAUCCUUUACAUUACAUGUCCAUGAUGCAAUGGAGAAGCUGCUUCCAGAUGGCAGGGGCUGCAUGGAUGCUCGGCUUUCUUAAUGCUGCCAUGCAUGCAGGAACCCUUUUUUCAUUGCCCUUUUGUUCCAAAGUCAUCCAUCAGUUCUUCUGUGAAAUCCCACAUCUCAUGAAGAUUUCCUGCUUCGAUCCGAAAUUCAGUGAAAUCAGGUUUCUUCUUUUUAGUGCUUUGCUUGGUGUUGUUUCUUUUAUUUUAAUUAUCAUGUCCUAUGUAAAAAUCUUUAAGACAGUACUGAGCAUGUCCUUAGUGGCCAGUAGACAAAAGGCCUUCUCUACUUGCAUUCCCCAUCUCCUUGUUGUCUGUUUAUUACUUGGUACAGGUAUAUUAUCCCAUUUUAUACCAAAUUCUGGUUCUUCUUACAAUUGGGAUGUGGUCCUUGCAGUGAUCUACUCUAUGAUCCCUCCGAUGAUGAACCCUGUAAUCUAUAGCAUGAAGAAUAAGGAUAUAAAAGCUGCUUUAUUGAAGUUGUUUAAUCAAAGGAUUACAAAUCAAAUACAAAACUUGCUUAAGUUUAAUUCUUAAGCAAAUUUUGCUUAACAAUUCAAAAAUCCCACAAAUUUUGUUGUCUUAAAGACUAACAUUUUUAUUUUCAUUUAAACCCUGUGAACUACAAUUUACUUAUUUGGAUGUGUUGGGCAUAGUCCAUAGAAUUAUACAUAUACACUUAUAUGAAAUGGUUGAAAAGCUGGAAUUACUUGUAGUAACCUUUAGCAAAAUAGAAAUUAGAUGUAAUACCCACCUUGUAACAUUAAUAUACUUAUUACACUAGAUAUUGGGAUAAGAAUCAAGGCUGCCUGUUUAAUCAAUGAAAAAUAUUCUUAACUGUUUUCUUGCUGAAAUAUUUGGUUUUGGAAUCUAUAUUUUGCUCUCAGUUCCUUUCUUAAGCAUAACAAUCUGUCAAUCAGACUCAGAAUGCUCUGAGAAAUGUUCUUUACUGUUGUCAGUUUUUGUGUAGAUGUGGAGUGAUUUAUCCCAUGUAAAAUGUAUUGGGGCCAGGGUAAUAGUUUGUAGCAAAUUCUACUGUAGUGAAUAUUUGCUCUUGUGAUAUUGUGGAUGAGACAAUGAGAUUUCUUUACUCUGCAUUGUGCACUCUUUUUUGCUGCUUAAUAACUGCUUCACCCAAUAUAACUGUCUGGAAACAAAUGUAGAUCUCCAACUUCAUACUGCAAAGAUGUCAAGUUUGGAUGUAAGAAUAUAUAUUGUGUAGCA